UUAUUUUUUCGAUGCCUAAAAGUACCAGUGCGUCAGAGACAGUUUCAGAUUCUAAUAGUGAUUCCGACGAGAGUAUACAAAAAUCUUCUAGAAAACGUGAAAAAUUUUCUCGAAAGCGUGUCAUGGCAGACCAAGAAGAUGGAGAACUACGUCUCCCAGAAGACCCCCAACACGUGGAAGAAGAAGUGCCCGAUAACGAUGCCCAAGACGAAAUUCCAAUGGCGGGCCAAGCAGGUGAGCCCAAAGAGCCCAAACGACCAAAAUUAGAUGUAGACGUAACUGAGUUUAGAGUGUCUAGUACAUCAUCUAAAAAGAUCAGAAAGUGGAUCUCAAAAUCUUUUGCAAAAUCCAAGGCUAAGAAGCUAAGAGAGCGUUUUCAACCAAAAUUUUCUUCUUCGUUCGAAUUGCUUAACCCCGAAAUGGAUGAUUCUGUUUACCGCCGCCUCAAAGAGUUGAAAAAUUCGGUGGCCACGAAGGAAAAGAUUGACAACAAGGAAAUGGAAAUGAGAGCUAUGCAAUUUAAGAUUUUGGAUAUUGUAAGACCGAUGUUAUUCAUCUGGGAAACUGCACAGGAAGAGACAGUACGCGACGCAGCCAAAGUAGCAAUUAAACAAUGGGCUCAUGCCUUUUUUGCUUGCACUGACUUUCGACGAAAUAAUUUGCUAAAACAAACAAAUCCAUCCUUUGUGGCGAUGCUGAAACGUGAGAAGAAUUUCGACGAGAAAGAAUUUGAAAUGCUCUUUGGAGACACUUUUCUUAAGGCGUUGUUGAAAACGGCCAAAGCUGACGCCGUUUUAGCGGCUAUUCCGAACGGCCGCAAUGGCGGGCCAAGCAUUCGCCCCAGCAGUGGUGGCAGAGGAGGUAGAGGAUCCCACGGUACCGGAAGCAACCAAACAAACCGAUUUACUGGAGGCCAACAUCAGAACGGGCGCGGAGGCUUCCAAUUUUCCAACCAUCAACCGUUCAGUCAUCGUGGAGGUGGCCGCGGCGGAUUCAACAACGGCAGAGCUAAUAGCAGAGGAAGCAACUACCGGAACGGCUCCAACCACUUUAACAACAGGAACUAGACAGAGGAACAAAUUACAAAAAAGUCUGAAGUACGCAGAUAGAAGGGGGCGUAUUUCGCUUUAUGUAAUGCUGUAAAGAGCUGCUAGAUGGCAAUAAA